GAAGACUGCGAGACAGAUGUCAACUUUGGUUUGGCUUGUGGCGAACAUGGUGUUGCUGUGACUGGCAGCUGCGUAUGUGAUGCUGGCUAUGAAGGUGAGGAUUGCUCCGAAUGCUCUCCGGAGCACGUUAGGGUGGGUUCUCAGUGCCUCGAUCUUGUUCUGCUGGCUCCUCCUGCUGAUGCGACACAGAAGUUCGGAUCGGCAUUCACCACCACAAGUUCUGGCAGACGCUACAUGUACACCCGGAAGUUCACCACCGACUUAACACGCUGUGGUGUUGCUGGCUGCCGACCGUUGAACGUGAGCCUUCGCGUGAGGUGCGACAGCAGUCAGUGCCACAGCGAUGUGGACGACGCUUCCUACACAGUCGGCGCCGCCCUUUACAAUUCCACAGGGCACAAGCUAUGCAAUGGGACGGUGGACCGAAGUGUCCAAGCUGAAAGCGACUGGUGGCUUCAAAUCCCCCUUCAUCCCUGUCCGCUUCUGCACGAAGGGGACCAGGCGGUCUACCUAUCGAUGUGGACCACGAAGUUGAUCAAAUUGCGCUGGCAGCAGACGCCGGCAGCGGCGGAAAUCAGCCGUGGGUUCACCUACAGGAGCGAUACGGAUGUGAUACCUCCUGCAAAGCUACCAACCUGGAGAGAUGUACCCUGUGAAGGUGUACCUUGUGAGA